AGAGAAUUAAAGAUUUUUUUUUUACUGAUGUGGUAUCUGCCUGGCUGAAGGCUCCUGCAUGGGUCUGAAGGGACGGAACAAGGUUUAAAAAGGGAUAAAGAGCCUUGGGGACACAGGGAGCAAUGGCAGGGAAUGGUGCUCACUCCAAUGGGGAGAGCUCUGGCAGAUGCAUCUUGGCGUGUGUGGUGUAAAGCUGAGCCUGGGGGAAGCAGAUACGCGUGUUGUGAAUUUCAGUUCUGGUUUUCUCUGUGCUUGAGGCCAUGGAGAAGUGCAGCUGGGGCCAGUCCUUUCUUACACCGUGGGGGAUUCACACUACCCAAAACCAAUGCUGCUGCCAUCAGCUCAUUUUUAUUUUAUGAAGAAAUCAGAGUGAUUGCUUGAGGAUUUGUAUCCAAAUGGAUUUAACCAGGAUCACUUGUAUGGGAUCAAGGGUUCCUGGUGGCUCAGGGCAUCCCAUGUCUCUUCUUGGCUGUGAUGGUGUCACGGAAGAUACACUUGGGAUUCUUGAUGGAUAUUGUCUUGUUCCCUAGUUAUUUUCAUUAUAACCAAUUUUUUUUGUUAGGGAUUUGGAAAAUCCAGGCUGUUGCAGGUCCGGCACCUACAUGGUAGAUUGCUGAGGGGCAGGGCCCCGUGAUGGGGAUCCCUUUGGGUUCAUCAGAGGGUGUUCAAGGCAGGACAGGCAGGGCUGUCACGGCUGGGUGGUUGUGCACAGUGCUCAUCUCUCAGCACGGGGCAGCAGGACACAGCUCACCUGCAGCACCAGAUGCACUCUGGUAACCAGGCAGCACCAGCAGUGCUCCCUGUGUGAGAGAAGGUGGCCUGGGAGAGGGGAAAAGGUUUCAGGUCCUCUCUCAGACACCCCGGUGGAGCAGCACAAGGUGCUGUGUGAGCCCAAGGAGCUGUGGAACAUGUCCUGGCCUCCUCCCCUGGAUCAUGAAGGGCCACAAAAGUGCUUUCCACCACCUCAGCUCCACCUUUCCUAUCCUCAAGAGGCACCAGAAUAAUUGCUGGGUGACCACUCCACCAAGAGUGCUUCACCCUGAUUAGGACAGGAGUGGAGACGACUGCAGAAACUGAAGAUUCAGUGGGGGCAAUGUGAAGUGACCCUGUCCCCAAAGGACACAUCAUCAUCUUCCCACACUGGUGAGGUCUGCCCUGAUUGCAUCUGUGGAAUUUUUCUGUUCCUACGUAAGAAACAUUUUGAUGGUUUACUCAAAAAUCCCCUGUCUGUGGGAGAACAACAUAUGACCACACCAGAGGCUGAUUUUCUUUAGCUGCUGGACUUCAGGACCAUGUCCAGAAAUACCUUCUCUGUUUUAUCCAGCAUCCCUGGGGUUCUGAGGUACUCGGAAUGUUGCUGUGCUGCCGCUGUUGCUGGCGGCAGUUCCCAGGGGAUGGGUUAUCCUGAGGGAUAUCUUGGAAAGCUUCAAGCAUGAAAUAAGCUUCAUUUGUGCUGUAUGAAAACAAAAGCAAUUUUUCUGCAAGCAGUUUCCGGAAUCAGCAAAAUGAAAGGGUUUUUCUGAGAAAAGUUUCUAGGUGAACAAGGAUCAAGUGCAACUCCUAGCUCUGCACGGGACACCCCAAAACCCCACCCUGUGCCUCAGAGUGUUGUCCAAGUGCCCUUUGAGCUCUGUCAGCCUUGGGGCUGCCCUGGGGAGCUGUCCCAGUGCCCGGCCACACUGAGGGGAAGAACCUUUCCCUAAUAUCAGCUUAAAUCUCCCUGACGCCGCUCCAGCCGUUCCACCUCUCGCCGGGUUUUGCCACCACCGCUUCCCCUCACGGCCGCUCCCGCCAUCAUCUCCCCUCAGGGUGGUUCCCGCCUCCCCCCGGCCCCUCACGGCCGUUCCCCUCAGGGCCGCUCCCGCCCUCGUCUCCCCUCACGGCCGCUCCCCUCAGGGCGGCUCCCGCCGCGAUGUUCCGCGGACACAGUGCUUGGUUCUCGCAGAGCGUCAGCCCGGGCCCGCGGGGGCUGUGGGCAGACGGUGGCGGGACGCUCGCCCACUGGCUGGAUGCUGAUUACCUCUUCAGCAGCGAUGCUGCCCACCCCGACACCCGCAGCAUACACGAGAGUCUCAGUUACCUGGAGGGCAGAGCCACGGUCUUUCACUCCUGUUACCUCUCAGUGUGUGCCAGCACCCGAGAUGGAGAGAGGCCCUCGGUGGCUCUGGGCCACUUCAUCCUGCCCCCUGCCUGCCUGCAUGAAGAAAUCAGAAGGAAAAUUGGCCGGUUUAUUUGGGAGAAGGCAGAUGCUGUUGAAGAACAGCCCAACGAAAAUCCGACAGAGGAACCAGAAGCAGCAAGAAAUGACUGUGAGGAAGAAUCAGAGGAGGAAGUGCUAGACCUGGCUGAGAGCAGUGAAGAAACAGACUCUGAAGCACUUGCCCAGGGAGAAUUUCCAUACCGUGCCCUCCAGGAAUACCCAAUAAAUAACAUGGUGACAGGCUAUGCCUCUGCACGGGACAUGAAGAAAUAUGAGGGGGAACUCCACGAUUUUAUCCCUGGCACCUCGGGCUAUGCGGCGUACUGGGUUCAGAGCAAAUGUAACAUUUAUUGCGAGAAGACCAAAAUGAAGAGGAAAUGGUAAGGAACAGGUGGCUGCAGCAGCAGCAAAAACUUCAAUGUAAGAGCUGCCAGAUGAUUUAUAAAUUGCCCAACUGCA